AGAAGUUCCCACAGAAGAGGAGGAGGCCAGACUCAGUCCGGCGGAAGCUCCUGCUCAAGACCGUCGUUUUCCUGCUGUCUCCUUUCUUUUCUACGCCUUUUCCAAACGUGUGGCUUCUCAGAUUAUUAUUAUUAUUAUUAUUAUUAUUAUUAUUAUUAGCUUAUGACCUGACGAUUUAUGGUUUUGAAUGAACUUUUGUCCACAAACUGAGGAGAAGGGAACACACUGUAGGACUCGAAAUUUCUUCCAAAUGGAUAUUAAUACCACAAAGCUGCUGUUAUUUUUUGUAGCUGGAAUUUUAGCAAAAGAGAACACUGAGGUGAAAGUCACAUGCAGUCCUCGAGGUCUGGAGUGUAAUAAGACAGCUCUUCACCUAGAGAUGGAGGAGUGUGGAGGACGCUUCAAGAAUGAUAUGGCUGAGUUGGACCCCCAGAACUGGUGCAACUUAACACAUUUUAUUAGUGAGUACCACUACUUUACAUCCUGCACAGAGAACAAUGCAGUGAAGAUCGGCUGCUUUUGGCCCCACCCAGUGGUAGAGCACUAUAUUAUCCUUAUCCACAAACAAUUCUUUUCCAACUGCACUUAUAUACCCAUGGCCUGGACUGGCAUUAGAGAAGACACUUCCACCUUAACCAUACAUAUUCUUAUUAUAGUUACAGUCUUUCUAACACUAGCCAUGGUCACAUCAGUGGUAUGGUGCAGCAGGCAAAGGUAGUACCUUUAGGUUGAAAAUGUUAUGUAUACUGUAUGCAAGGCCUGUUUUACCCAGAGUACCACUCACACAUUAAACCUGGCUUCAUGAGCUUUGUAUUUAUAUUUAAAGCAUUUUUAACCAAAGUGACUUACAAAUGAGACAAGAUGCAUCUGUGCAGUUGAGGCCUAAAAGCCUUGCUGAAGCACCCAAAAGUGGCAGCUUGGCAAUACUGGGAUUUGAACUCACAGCCUCUAACAGGGCUAAUGGUAGUUUAAUUCCAGCAUUCAGUGGUACAGGGCGUGUAAAUAGUCAUAAUCACUGGACUAAUCUGGUUUAAAUUGACAUUUCAGGAGAUAUUGUUGGAAUUUUUAUUGAAUAACCAUGCACAAACCUAUAAUAUAUACCUAAAUAUAUACACCCUACAGUGAACUAUGAUGUGUUAUCUGUUUUCCCCUUUUUGCUUACUUCCAAAGGAAAAUUGUUGAUAACAAGGAAUGGGACAGAGAAUAAACAACCAUAAACUGUAAAAUUCUAAGAGAACAGCAAAUGGAUAAGCCUGUACUAUGUAUUGACUUGAAUUUACUAUGUGAAAAGGUUCAUGGGAGUGAUUAGGACAUGGUGAACGUGUAUCGAAUAGUGAGUAUGAACAUUAUUUUCUGUAUAACAAAUAAAGUAUGACAAGGUGCAUGGCAAGGAAAA